ACUGUCAGAUGCCUGAUGUCGCUGUUUUCUUUGAGUAUUUUGUUGUUGGCUGCUACAGUCGGAUCAGCUCAGAUGACAGGUGAUCUUCGUCUAGUUGGAGGUGAUUAUGACUAUGAAGGUCGAGUGGAAGUCUACUACAGUGGCGAAUGGGGAACAGUUUGCAGUAACUAUUUUAAUCUCGCUGACGCUACUGUCAUUUGCCGUCAGUUGAGAUACAGUGGGGCGACGACAUUUACUAGAUUCCCUAGCGUCCAAAUGCAGGGAAGCGGACGUAUCUGGCUGGACAAUGUUGAUUGUUAUGGCACAGAGACAGCUCUCACGGACUGCCAUUUUAAUGGUUGGGGUUCUUCGUCCUGUAGCCAUUAUCAAGAUGUUGUGGUGACUUGCUCUGGUUUGUCUGAUGACCGGCGAGAUGGCACCAUUCGUCUUGUAGAUGGGUCCUCGUCAAAGGAAGGUCGUGUUGAAGUUUAUUACAGGGGUGAGUGGGGCACCGUGUGUGAUGACAACUUCGAUGAUCGCGCCGGCAGGGUCGUGUGUCGUCAGCUGGGCUAUUCCGCGGAUCAUGUGAAAGUGAUGGAGCGUGCCUACUAUGGAGAAGGGAGUGGACGUAUUUGGCUGGACAAUGUUCACUGUUAUGGCAGUGAGGCAAGCUUGUCAGAUUGUUCUAGUGCUGGAUGGGGAAACGAAAAUUGCGGACAUUAUGAAGACGUCAGUGUCCAAUGCGGAGAUGUACGUAAGUUGUCUUAAUGGCUUUGAUGGUUUAACGCCAAACUACAAUUGCAGUUGUGUU